AUGAUAAUACUACUAAAGAAACUACCCCAAGGUUCAGCUGCUCAUUUCCAGGGUGUUAAAGCCAAUUGUGUUGGGGGUGACAAGAAAAUGCUCUGUGAAGACAAGAGUGGCGAUGGCAUCAGCUGCAAAGGAGACAAGGAGGUCUUCCUGGCUUGCAACGGCCUUCCCAUGUGGUACAAGUCAAAACUGAACUGCGUCAAGGAAAAGCUUGAAAAAUGCCAUGCCAGAGCCACGGAGGGCUUUGGAAAAACCAUGAAAGAUGAUGAGCUCAAGGGCGGUUACAGCAACAUUGGCAUCGGUUCUUCCGAGGUUUCCCAGUGUGUUUCUGUCCUCGAGUUUGAAAUUGAUGAUAGUGCCGAGUCCCCUUGUUAA